AUGGAGCCGGUUACUAGGGAGUUCAAGGACCUGCUUUUCCUCAGCUAUGUAGACGAUACCUAUAUUUUGGGGCCAGCGGCUAGGAUUCUGGAGGCUUUUGGGGUGCUGCGGGAGCGGUUGGAGUGGGUAGGGCUGGAGGUGCAGGCGCACAAGUGCCGGUUUUGGGAGCGCGAGGGCAAGGAGGUGGAGCGGGCACUGCCAUUGGGGAUGCAGCGGGUGGAUGAGGGUCUUACUAUGGUGGGCGUGCCUAUUGGAGAGGAGGUUUGGGAGGUGGUCCGACUACGGGAGCGGCUUCGACAGUUGCAGGCGCCACUGCCAUGGCUCCCCUUGCUCGACCACCCCCAGAUGGCUUCACACCUCCUCGCCAUUGCAAUUUCAGCGCGGCCGAUGUACCUCGCCCGGACUAUGCCGCCGCGUCCGGAGGUGGUUGAGGCUUUUAGGGAUUGGGACAGCUGUUUAGAGGAUUGCUUUGAGCAGCUUUUCCCACCUGGCACUUGGGAGCAGGACCCCGACCGGUCUAGGCGCGCACGCAUGCAGCUGCAUCUCCCUGUGCCUCUCGGUGGGUUCGGGAUCCGGGCGGCGGCCUUUUUGAGCCCACUGUCCUAUGUUUGCGGGUGGGCGCAGGCCGCGCGGGACAUUGCACAGUUAGGGGUGGCGGGUGAGGAGGCGAUGUUUGCUGAGUACCUCACCACUUCGACAGGGGCAGAGUUUCUUGACCCGUGGUUUGUCAAGGCUCUCGAGCAGCUGCCAGCGACUAUCCGCCACGAGAUACCGGGCUUACCUUUGUGUGUAGCGGCCCCUCCUGUUCGGCUUUUCCAGGCGCGUCAGCGGCAGUUAGCUGUAGAGGAGCUCCAGGCACUGCGCCGCUUGGCUCGUGACGAUGCUACCUUGGCCCGUUUCACAUCCCUUCAGGGCCCGGGGGCAGGUGCAUGGGUUUCGGCGGUUCAGGCUCACUCAGAUCUCACAUUCACUGCGGCUGAGUGGGGCAUUGCUGCUGCUAUACGGCUCGGCCUCCCAAUUCAGCAGCUGCAGGUGGCGGGGAGGUGUGUUUGUGGCACAGCGUAUGUUGACCCAGCAGACCCGCACCAUGCCCUGAGAUGCAGGCACCAGCAUGGUCCUUCUCGGGUGCAUGAUGAGGUGACGGGAAGAAGGGGGGGGGGGCGGUGCACGUGCCCCCGGUGUGCCGCAGCUGGUGACGAGGCAUGGCCGAGGCGGGGUCGGGACCGCAAGUGGGCGGGGCCGAAGUGGGCGACGGGGCCGCAAGGGUGGGCGGGGCCGCAGGUGGCGACGGGGCCUCAGGUGGCGGGGCCGCAGGUGACAUCGGGGCCUCAGGUGGCGGGGCCGCAGGUAUAG